GUACGGAGAAUGUCUGGAGGUUAAAAACUUUUUUGUGAAGAUUGGAUGCUGGCCUACGCCAUCAGUGGGGAACCUCAAGAUAUUUAAUGACCCAAUCCACGGCAGUAUCAAGCUAAAUCCUAUUUGCCUUGCUGUCAUUGAUACCCCACAAUUCCAGCGGCUCCGUUACAUCAAGCAGACUGGUCUGUGCUAUUUCAUCUACCCUGGUGCAGCCCACAACAGAUUUGAACAUUCUUUGGGAGUCUGCUACUUGGCAGGAGAGUUUAUACGAACAUUGAAGACCAACCAGCCUGAACUUGGAAUUGAUGAGAAGGAUGUUUUCUGUUUGGAACUUGCUGGGCUGUGUCAUGAUCUUGGCCAUGGUCCUUUCUCACAUGUGUUUGAUGCCAAAUUUAUACCUCAAGUUAGGAAAACACCCUGGAAGCAUGAAACGGCAUCGAGCGAUAUGUUUGAGUACUUAGUUCAAGUGCAUGGACUGAUGAAAGAAGGUGGCAUAUUCAGAAAGUUUGGCCUCAGUGAGACUGACAUGGAUUUUAUUAAAGAGCUCAUGGCUGGACCAAGCAACAGAGGAAAUGCUGAAUGGCCAUACAGAGGCCGUGAAAAAGCAAAGGCCUAUCUGUAUGAAAUAGUUGCAAACAAAAGGAAUUGUAUCGAUGUUGACAAGUGGGACUACAUUGCCCGCGACUGCCACCAGCUCGGCAUCAAGAAUAAUUUUGAUUAUACUCGAUUCAUCAAGUUUGCCAGGGUCAUUGAGGUCAACGGAGAGAUGCAAAUUUGUAUUAGAGAUAAGGAGCUGGUGAACCUGUACAAUAUGUUCUCUACCCGUUACGUACUUCACAAGAACGCCUACCAGCACAAGGUCAACUGUGCCCUGGAUAUCAUUUCUUAUAAAAUUGUGUCAUUCUGUAAAGCUUUUAAUGACUUUCUGAAAAAAUGCACAAUUUCAGAAAGUAUCAAUGACAUGGAGGCCUACAUGCACUUGACAGACAAUAUUCUGUUUAAGAUUCUGGAUACUGAGCUGCCUGAAGGCGAGUCACAGCAAAAUCGUGAGGAAUUAGAAGAAGCAAAAAUCCUCAUCCGACGAAUUUUCAGUCGAAACCUAUUUAAGUGCAUACUUGAAAGCCAGCCUUUAAGAUCAACUCUAAUGGAAGGGGUAA